AGCGGCGGCGGAGGAGCAUCGGGCUCGGYGCCUAAAGGCCCGUGUGCAGCUGUGCUUGGGAGCCGACGAGACGGACAGAAGUCGUUGAGACUUCUCCCUUGGAACCUCUGUGCCGAGAAUCCGAUGUUGGGCUCGGCUACCUGGCUGAACGCAGCAGAUCAGCCCAUGAAAACUUCUAUCAUUAGCCAAAGGAAGGAGUCCAGCGAAAGGCAGCAUCUACUUUUCCAGGCUUGGAAGCAAGAAAGGGGACAGGAUUUGGAGAGUGUGGAAUCCGAGAAGACAAGUGAAAGGUGACACUUGAGUUGAAGAUGGGUGGUGGAGAAAGGUUCAACAUUCCAGUUCCACAAGCUAGAAAUACCACCAAGAACCAUCAACAACUUAAAAACAGGCAGAAGAAUAAAGAUCAGAACUCUCAGAUGAAGAUGACCUAUAUGAAGAAAGAAAGAGGACACGGAUGCAACUCAUCACCUGCUGCGUGGCAGGCCAUGCAGAAAGGGGGAAAGAACAAUGUUCAUUUCCCCAAUAAUCAAAAUUGGAGUCCCAAUUUAUCAAGUUCCAACUUGUUUUUCACACCUCAAGCCAAUCAGAACUAUGCUGGCGCAAAAUUUAGUGAGCCACCCUCACCAAGUGUUCUUCCUAAGCCACCAAGCCAUUGGGUACCCGUUUCUUUUAAACCUUCUGAUAAAGAAAUAAUGACAUUUCAGCUUAAAACUUUACUUAAAGUCCAGGCUUGAGAUGUAAUUUUCCAUAUUUUUAGUUAUUUAAAUUUACAGGGUUUCAAAUUUGAGAAUAGGCAUUCAUAACUCCAGGUGUACAGGUAUAUGGAACUAGUUCUGCACAUAGUUGGGCAGCUGGAAGGGGAACGGGGAUAGUUUACAUACCCCUCCAGUGCUUCACCUCAACCUGUGCUGUAUGCAUGUCACUGUGAAAAAAAUAUUUUGUAGUGAAUUUCAGUUCUGAGCAAGUUGCCAAUUCUUCAUUUACUGGAAUAGAUUUGGAUUGGUUCAAAAUUGAGAUUGUGACUAUUUCCURGUAUGGUAUUAGGAAUGGUAUUAGAAAACCAAUUUCUGCUUAGCUGAAUGCAGCAUUAACUGGGGAAAAAUACACAGAGCUUUAGGCAGUUACUUUGUCUUUCAAACUUGUCAAAUUUGCUAGUUAUGUGAAAGCUCUGCAGAGCAGACUUUCCUAGCAGAGACCUGCCUAGGUGGCAUUUGAAGAUUUUUUUUUUUCCUCUCUCUUUUUUUACCUUUUAUUUUCUCCCCUCUCUCUCUYAUACCUGUGAGCUUUUAUUUGGCACUCUUUACACUGGACAAGCACUCAAGUCUGCAGCUAAAUUGAUUUUGUUGCUUGUUCUUGAACAGAUAGAAGAACACAUCAGGCAAAUGAGUAUUUUGGUCUUUCUCCAGCUCUAGAAAAUUAAUUGGAAUCUCAGUCAAACUGUGCCAACUAAUGACAUAUUUUACAUUGCCAGAUGACUGCCAAAAACUUAAAGUCCUUGUAUUUUAAUUGCACUGAUGAUUUUAAAAUGCAUUUUUAUAUCAAUUUUGUAAUUGUGGAGAAAAUGGAGUAGAGUUACUUAGGCUAGUUUUAAAUUGGUUACCCUGUACCCUGUAAUAUUGUUUUAAAUUACUUGUAGCUUGUGGCAGGUAUAAAAUGUUUUCAUAGAUAGGGAAGAAAGAGCCAUGUAAAUAACUGUAAAACUUUGUAGCAUAUGUAAAUUUAUGCUGGGCUUUCCUGCACAAAAGUAUUUUUAGUACAAAACUGCUGAAUGUAAGAUGACCAUGCUGAGUACAUGGCCUGAUUUAAAAAAGAAGUAUUUUGUUUAAAAAAGAAAAAAAAAACCUAAAAGCACACUUGUGGCUGUGCCCUUGCACUUAACGUACAGUGACCAUGCACGUUUUUCUUCGUAGGCGCCUUUCUUAAACUCAGUGCAAAAGAGGCAUAUUGAGAAUUUUGUAUUAAAAAAAAAAAAAAAACUUUAAAAAAACCUCCACUCUAUGCUCAUGUUCUGAAUAUAUAGGAGAGAUGCAUGUUAAAUGAUUGGAUGUCUCCCAAGAAAAGCCAAGUGCUGUGAUUAGGAAGCUGAUCGGAACUGAGCUGUUUGGACAGUGCUUUGACGUCUGAAACCUGUCCCUGCUUCAGCGCUCUUCUGUCCYGGGCUUUACUAGUCACCAGCAACUGCAGUGAUGAAAUGAGAAACAAGUUCCUAGCAGCCAAGGGGUAGGUUUCAGUGCUGCCACAAUUCACUGGAAUCUGGUAGAAACAAGGGCCUGUCAUCAACAGAAUCUGACAUUAAAAAUAGUAGAUGAUAACAAAAUAGUUAAUGUGAUUUUUAUAAUUGUAAAAGUUUUAAGAUGUGUUCUUCCUAUACAUUCAGAACGUGGCGGCAGCUGCUUGAAUGUUUACAAAUACUUUGUUUCAAAUGAGAUGGAAUUGGCAGUCUUCAAAAUACUUUGACC